AUUGGGCCCAUGUGAUAUUGAAUCCAUCCAUAUUGUUCGUUUUCUCCUCAAUGGGCAAGAAAAGGAAGAGGCCCAUCAAGAAAGGCCAAUCGCGGGAAUAUCUACCGCAAGUUUCCACGCAGACCAGCAGCCGAGUGGGAGUACCCUGUGUCCUCAGUAAGGAUGCGGCGUCUGAAUAUUCCCAUCCCGUGAUUUCGAUAUACUACCGCCAGGUCGUGACACUGAGACAGUACCUCCUCAAACAAAUACCCUUGUCAUCCAAGUCUCGUCGCAGAAGGAUUGCAUCGGUACCUACUUAUGACCCAACUAAUAGCGGUUUAGGGGGGUUGUCACAGUUGCUUGACACCACUCUAGUAGGCGUGUUGAAAGAGCCAACUCCGGCGCGCAGUCAAGAGCUACGACGAGAAUUAGCUGAUUUCACGGCAUCGCAAGAUAGGUCUUUGCUUAUCAGUACUGAUACUGGGCCUCCUUGUCCUCAGGCAGAGUCCUGGCGGUGAUAUUAGUCCAUAUAAUCGUGAUUGCUGCGCAAGCUUCUGUUAACUCUAAAUACAGAUUGUGGAUUUUGUUAUAUCGACGCUGUUCAAUCGUUGCGGGUUUUCGUACCAGAAACCGCAGCACAUAUUGGCUCAUGGAUUCCAACGUGCUU